AUGUUUCCCAACAACCCAAACCCAUGGGACCCGAACGAUCCGUUGUGGCAAACUUUGCAAAACAACGAGCAAGAGGACCGGUAUCGGCGAGACCCGCGUACGGGUGAGCUUGGAUAUUAUCCAAUGCCAACAAGCACCCCAACUUCUCCUCAUCCCACCACUCCACCGAUGCUCGAUUUUUUCGGGUAUUAUUCUCAACCCCCAUUUUUUCCCUCAAACAUACCCCAAAACAUACCUCAAAACAUACACCAAACCCAAAACAUACUCGAAACCCAAAACACAACCCUAACCGAAUCCGUUCCCAAAACCCAAGUUGAACCCUCUUCUAGAAAAAAGAGAAGUCAUAAAAAGAAGGAUGAGACCGAAAAACGUACUACUAAGAAGGUCGAAUUUUGGUCGCCUAAGGAAGAGUUCGAGUUGGCAAAAGCAUGGCUCGACGUAUCGGAGGACGAGAUUGUUGGAAACGUCGAAGACUUAAAGGUAUUUUGGGGUCGUAUACGUGAGAAGUUUUUCGCCGCAAUGGGUCGUGGCGAAUAUCGAACACCCGACUCUUUUUCGGGAAAGUGGGGUCCUUUGAGGAUGAAGGUUACCAAUUUCAACAACAUAUAUACUAAUCUCGUCAACAGUAGUCGAAGGAAAAGUGGUUCGAGCGACGUCAUGACCCAAGCCCAAAACAACUAUAGAUUGUACCAUGGGCAUGUUUUUACGUUGGUAACAACAUGGGAGCCUAUUCGCAAAUCUCCCAAGUGGCAUCUUGUACCACUGUUCGACCCAACCCGCCCUAGAUCUAAACGGUCCAAAUCGACAUCCACCACCGAACCAUCAGGGUCCGAUGCUCGUGCAGUAACUAAUCUAAACGACGAUGUUGAUGAAUUUGAAGAACCAGAAGAGCUGCCUCAACCAACUGGUAGGGAUAAAAGUAAGGCAGCGACACGAGGAAAGUCUUCUACAACGCCAUCGGAUGGCCCGUCAAAGUUGAGCGACUUCGAGGCAAGUCUCAACAAAAUAAUCUCCAUUAGGGAAAAAGAUUACAAAUGA